AUGAAAGAUGCGAUCAGUUCCCAUAAGGAGCUACCAGUAGAAGCGAUGCAUGACACUUGGCAGAGAUUCAUCAAAAAGCUGAAGAAAUGCCCAAACCAUGUGUGUGGAGGAUCGUUUAUAAGAAAGCCAUUCUCAGAGAGCAUGCAACUAAUGGACGAAGUGUCAAAGAAUAACGGCAUGAAUAGAGAUGGGUACAAGAAUGAUCGCAGUGGUGUGAAUGUGCCCCCAGGUAAUAGAGACCGGGCAAGUGGUAGUUCCAGCGAGUCUAAGCUGGAAGACAUGUUGGCCAAGGUGCAACAAAAGGUGGAAUCAACUGAUGCAGAGGUGAACGAGAUGAAAAGUGAUUUCUCCAGCAAGAGUCAAUUGGUAGACGCUCACACCACCUCCAUCAAGCAGAUUGAGCAGAAGUUGGGGCAACUUUCAGCCUCAUUAAAUCAGAGGAAGAAUGGGUCACUACAAAGUGACACGAUCCAAAAUCCCAAAAAGGAUGGGCAUUGCAUGGUUAUUUCCACCAGGAGUGGUAAGAUCCUUACUGACCCUAUUUCUGUAGAUACUGAACAUGAGCAGGUGUUGAAGCAAGCUGGAAGAGAGGAGGAUGAAGCUGAGCAAGUAGAUGACUUGGAGGACGCUCAACUAAUAGCUAAACCAGCAGGAGCUAAAGGAAAAGAUGCUAAGGAAACCUUUCCGUUACAACAAAUCCCAAGACCACCUCUUCCUUUCCCUCAAAGGUUUAAAAAGAAAGCCGAAGAUGGGAAAUUUGCAAAGUUCAUUACCAUACUGAGGCAGCUGUCACUCUACAUCCCAUUGGUGGAAGCUCUUGAGAAGAUGCCAGGAUAUGCCGAGUUCAUGAAAGACUUGGUUCCUAUGAAAAGAAAAGUGAGUAUUGAUUUGACUAACCAUAUUCAUCAUUGCAGUGCUAUUGCUAUCAGGUCUUUAGUGAAAAAGAAGGAAGAUCCAGGUGCAUUAACAAUACCAUGCACUAUCGGAUCGAUCAAAUUUGCAAAGGCCUUGUAUGAUCUACGGGCCAGCAUAAACUUGAUGCCGCUGGCCAUCUACAAGCAACUGGGUUUAGGAGUUCCAAAACCCACAACUAUGAGGUUGAUGAUGGCAGAUAGGUCAGUGAAGUGA